AUGAGGGACAAGUUAAGGGCAAUCUGCAGCGCAAUGGAGCCGCAGACACUUUACAGGACCUUCGCCACCACCCCUGCAUACGAGAAAAGAAAUUUGAAGUUUGGGUCGGUGGAUGAAGAGAAAAAGAAAUGGGUGAAGUGGUCGCUGAGCAGAAUGAUGAUCACCACACACACCACUGACAUCCGUCCUGACUUCCUCCUUGCCCUACGCUCGAUUUUGGAGGAAACUGCUAACGUGGAUUUGGGCGCAAUCAUCGGCAUAGACAUCUGGGAUAGAAGAAGUGGAGAUAGAACUCUUGGUCACGGGACCUUAAUCACAGAGCUAUGCCGAUGUGCAGGCGUCAAUCUGCCCACUUCAGCCCCAGAAUUUCAAAUGAAGCCACUGUUUCCAGCAGCCUUCCACAAAAAUUGGCUGGAGUCCAAGGAGUUCACUCUUAACCCUAAGCAGAAAAAGAGGAAUGCACAAGCGGCAGCGCCCCCUCCACCAAAAAGGAAAAUGAAGGUUGUGGAAGGGGGGGGGGGAAUAAUAAGAGAGGAGAUAACACCUCAAACUGAGCCCGAUUCUAAGAGGACAAUCUCCAAUAAAACUCCCAGUGAUGAGGAAGAGGAAGCCCUCCGCUUCGCUCGGGAGAUAGAGGAGGAUCAUUUUGGCGCAGAGGUGACCAGUAGUGAUAAGGGAGGAAAAGCGCCGAAAGCAGCCGCUGGCGAGAAAAGGUCAAAGGAAAAAGAAGACCCUACUCCAGCGCCUGUCAAGAAACCGAGGGUCAAGGAAGCACUCCGAAAAAAUCCAACACCCCCUCGGCGAGCGACGAGGAAGGAGAAAGAGAAGGGGAAAGCGGUGGAUGUGGAAGCAAGCGAAGACACAAUCCUUCUUUCCAGGUUACAGAAGGGGAUUGUCAUCAGAGAACCCACCGCUCAACCCGAAAGACUUUCGCCAGUGAAGCCAGCGAUGGUAGAGGUAUCACCCGAAGUACCUAGUCUCCUGGGCAAUGAACCUGUUCCCUUCGACCAGCAGGGGGCAGGUGAGCCAACUACUGCUGGAACAGGCAAGGAAACCGCACCCGUUAACCAGCCGAGAGCGGUGGAGCCUACUGCUGCUGGAUUAGAGGAGGAGUGGGAGACUGUGCUUACUGAAGAAACCAUCGGCGGGAUCGAUGUCACAGUAGAGUCCUACAAGGAAUAUCCCGCCGAGGUCCCCGCUGCCACAACCGCUGAAGCUGCCAAUGAAGCCGAAGAGGUGGAGACAGUAAUCACAAAUCUUCCACUUCUGCAAGUGUCCCCACGCAGCCCAAAAACACCAACCACGACUGGGACACCUGCAGAAACUCUGACUCUGGCCUCAACCAAAUCAGACAAAACAAUCAUCGAUGAGGAGGAGGAUGAAGAGGAUAAGAAGUUCCAAGAGAGACAAGCUCAGCUAUUCGCCGAAAUACAACGCCUUGAACAACUUCGGCAGCUCGAGCGACAGAAGAAGAGGAAGAUGAAGGUGCUGGUCAAGUUGCUCAAGUAUUGGAAGCCGCUGACCCAACUCCAGCUGCGAUUCAGGAGAUACUUAGAGCGAAAGAAAGUAGAGCAGCUGGAGUAUGAGGCAGCGAGGCAACUAGUAUUCCUCAGGAAUGUCACCCCUGAACCAGCACCCAAUUCCCAAAAGGAAGAAGUGCCACUGGAGAUUAGUUCGGCUGAGUCCGAGAGACAGUCACCAGCAGCGGCGGAAGCAGGACCAUCAGCUCCCCGCUCGUCACUUGAAAACAUUGAGAGAAGACUGGAGGAACUCGACUCAGCCAUAUUCAGCCAAUACAUGAUGACCCAAACCUUAAUCGAUACAUACGCAAGGAGUCUGGCUGAUGAACUGGCCACUGGCAAGAAGGCAAAUGCCGCACUAGAAGCGCGUGUAGAGGCGAUGGAGACUAAAGCUGCAAGCAUGGGUACAACUCUAACAGAGAUUUUAAAGGCGCUCGCUGCCCUCACCCAACAAAACUCCAUUCUUAUGGAACAACAGCUUGACACAGCUAGAAGUCUCCAACGAAUGGAAGAUCUAGUACUUUCGAGCGAGAAGAGAAAAUGA